AACUACUUGUCAGGGGUCGGAUCCUCUGGUGGGCAUGGGGCUGGGUUGAUGUGUAAGCUGGGAGACAGGACGGUGCGCUCGCUGCCUCCGUCCCGUGGGGAGGGGGCUCAGGGCCGGGUUUUAACAAUUAAAGGACAUACAGGACUCUGCAUAUACCCGCUCACAUCAUGUCAUGUUCGUUCCAUAGCCCCAAAUCUAGGGCGUGAUUACUACUAUAUUUCGAUUGAAUUUAGAAUACUCAGCUUUUGCGGACUUAAAUUGACUUUUUGCAUCCAUAAUAGCAUGUUUUUUUAACCCAAGUCAAGUAUUUUACAGUUACUGAAAUCCUCACUAAAUUCAUUCAUAAGCCAAACCUUUCCAUAAUACUAGCUCAAAACAAAGCCCACACACAGUAAGUUCCUCCACAUUCGCUGAAAACUGAAGUAUACUAGUGGAACCAAACGGCAAGUAUACAGCAAUAUUUUAUUUAAACAAACUCAUGUUUAAUGCAAAUUUUUAAAUAUUACUACCUUAAAUAUACACCAACACUACGUGCUAUAAAAAACAAUAACUAAAAAGAUAAUUAGGCUAGCAUUAUAUUCUGCCAAACGCUGGGCAUAAUGUUACAUGCCUUUAAUCAUAGCACUGCAGAGGCAGAAGGAUCUGUGAGUUCAAGACCACCCCAAUGUACAUAUCAGGUUCCAGGACUACAUAGACCCUGUCUCAAAAAAGGGGGAAAAAUCUGCCAAAGGAUUCUGAAUCUGAAGCCUGUAUUUUAUUAAAAUUUUCUAUGACUGGGGAUGUAGCCCUGUGAUAGAAUGCUGUCUCACAUGGCGAAGGGCCUGAGUUCAAGUCCCAGCACUGUCGAAGGGGGACAAGGAUGCAGCUUAGUAGACUGUGAGUUCAUUACCAGCACUGAAAAGAGUUCUGCUUUAUAUAUGGAGUAAAGAAUUUAAUCAGGACUGAAACAUGAUUGAAAAGGAAAUAAUCUCACAAUGUAAUUCAUAUUAAUAUUGCAGUCUUACACUUCUAAACAUUUUUUUCUGUAAUUAGGAGUUCUACACAGUAGGGGUAUGAUCUUAAUUCUUUGUCGAGUUAUUUAGUUUAGCCUGUUUCCUUUAAAUAUUACAGGUUUUUAGAGAUUUUUCUUUCUAUGCUGUAAGUUAAUAGUGUUUUCAUAUCUUGUAGGAUCCUCCCCCAAGCACAAAGCUCAGUUAUACUAAGGUUUUUAUAAGCUGUUUCAGCCCAGAAUGGCUAUGGAAUCCAGAGCAAUUUCAACUUUAAAACCUCAGGAUCAUCAAGAAGAAGAAUUAAUACUAGUAAAAAUAGAAGAUAGCUUUUCUUGGAGUCAGAACUGUAAACAGAAUGGAAGCACCCAAUCUUGCCAAGAAUUGUUUCGCCAGCAGUUCAGGAAGUUUUGCUAUCAUGAAACACCCGGGCCCCGAGAGGCUCUGUGCCGACUCCAGGAACUUUGCCAUCAGUGGCUGAUGCCAGAGCUGCACACAAAGGAGCAGAUCCUCGAACUGCUAGUGCUGGAGCAGUUCCUGAGCAUCUUACCUGAGGAGCUGAGGGUAUGGGUCCAACAGCAUGGCCCAGGAAGUGGUGAGGAAGCUGUGAGUCUGCUGGAGGAUCUGGAGAAAGAGUUUGAUGAUCCAGGGCAGCAGGUCCCAGAUAGUCCACAAGGACCAUCAGUGUCAUGGAAAGAUUUGACAUAUCUCAGAGAAUCUCAGGAUUCCACAAGCAUCCAAGUCCGGCCUUUGAAAACACAGCUGAAAUCCUGGAAACCUUGCCCUUCCUCUAAAAGUGAUUCUAAGAAUAAUGAAACAACAGCAGAAGAUGACAUUUCAGAAGAAAAAUCCCCGGGACUCUGUUGGGAGCCUCCACUUAGAGGUGUUAGUGAGCACAAAGGCAGUCUAGAGUGGCAGCAGAGAAGCUCCCCUCUCCAUAGGGGUAGCUUUAGUCAGGUGAUCUUCACACACAAAUCCUUAUCAAAGAGAGAUCAUGAUGAAUCUCAAAGAUGCUUAAUUCUAAGUGCCAACUCUGUGACAUGUCAGAAAGUUUCUCCAGAAGAGAGACCUUACAGAUGUGAUGUGUGUGGGCACAGUUUUAAACAGCAUUUCUCUCUGACACAGCAUCAGAGAAUCCAUACUGGAGAAAAGCCCUAUAAAUGCAAUCAGUGUGGGAAGGCCUUUAGCUUGAGGUCAUAUCUCAUUAUUCAUCAGAAAAUCCAUAGUGGUGAAAAAGCUUAUGAAUGUAAUGAAUGUGGAAAAGCCUUCAAUCAGAGCUCAGCCCUCACUAGACAUCGGAAAAUUCAUACAGGUGAGAAAGCUUGUAAAUGCAAUGAGUGUGGCAAAGCAUUCAGUCAAAGCUCUUAUCUAAUUAUACAUCAGAGAAUUCACACUGGCGAGAAACCCUAUGAGUGUAAUGAGUGUGGGAAAACCUUCAGCCAGAGCUCAAAGCUUAUUAGACACCAGCGAAUUCAUACAGGAGAGAGACCCUAUGAGUGCAGUGAAUGUGGAAAAGCUUUCAAGCAGAGCUCAGAGCUGAUCACCCAUCAGAGGAUACACAGCGGAGAGAAACCCUAUGAAUGCAGGGAGUGUGGAAAAGCCUUCAGUCUGAACUCAAACCUCAUCAGACAUCAGAGAAUUCACAGUGGAGAAGAACCCUACCAGUGUAAUGACUGUGGCAAGACCUUCAAAAGGAGCUCAGCCCUUGUUCAGCACCAGAGAAUCCAUUCUGGGGAUGAAGCUUAUAUAUGUAAUGAAUGUGGGAAGGCUUUUAGGCACAGAUCAGUGUUGAUGCGCCAUCAGAGAGUCCACGCUGUUAAGUAACUUAAUACAGUGAUUCAUAAAUAGUAUAUUUUUCUCUAUAUUAGCCAGAACAUUGACUUUGGAACAGGAUUCCACAAAGGUAGUUUUUAAAAAACAAACGGUCUUUAGUCAGUCUAACUUGCUAUGUGCAGCACUUCCCGAUGCUACUGCGAAUUUUCUUUGAAACUUCCUGUGAUUGACCAGAGCAAGAUAAAGGACCAUUCCUUUGAGCUUUGCUCUUAACAUUAGGAAUACUCAGGAAAAUAAAAAAAAAAAGUAACGUAA